AUGUGAGUCUUUCUUCACAAACGGAGCUGAGCAAGUGAAAAAAAAAAAAAAAAAAAGUCAUGUCCAACUGGAAGGAGCUUAAUGGCGAGAAGAACUGGUCAGGUCUUUUGAGACCUCUGAAGAAAAGUCUCGGCCAAACUUUAAUUCAUUAUGGUAAAAGAAUUGACGCUAUUUAUGACACUGUCGAGCACAGUAUAACUUCUUCGAGCUACGGGCAACCCAAAUAUGGAGAAAAAGAGUUCUUUGCUAAGGUUGGUCUGGGACUGUACACCAUGAACAACUAUGUUUAUGGUGACUCAAAAAUUGAUUUCUUUGCUAAAGGCUCACGUGCAUGGAUUGGUUACGUGGCCGUGGCCACAGAUGAAGGAAAGAGACAGUUAGGAAGGAGAGACAUUAUGGUUUGCUGGAGAGGAUCAGUGACAAUCGGAGAGUGGAUAAAAGAUUUCCAGUUUAGUCAAACCUCAGCUACACCGAUUUUAGGGGAGCAUUCCGGAAAUUCUCGUGUACAUGAGGGAUUUUUCUCCAUCUACAUGUCAGCUAGAGAUCAGGUUCUUAACGCAGUUAAGAAACUGGUGAAACAAUACCAACAUGAAGAAAUCAGUAUAACCGUAACAGGCCACUGUUUGGGAGGUUCGUUCGCUAUAUUGAAUGCAGCUGACAUAGUUGCCAAGGGAUAUAAUAAUAAGUCUGAUUGUUCUUGCAUGCCCAAAGCCAUGGUCACAGUUUUUGCCUUUGCUAGUCCCCAGGUUGGAAACUCAGACUUCGUGAAAGUGUUCAAUAACUUCAGCAAUCUUCAUCUCUUGCACACUCGGCAUUAUAUUGACAUUGUUCCUGAACUUCCACCGACAACUAAUUAUUCGAAAAUGGGAACUCUGUUACGCAUCACUUAUACCAAUUUCACAAUAUGGGAUCUUCUACGCCCUAUUAUCCUCUCUGUUGCUGAAAUUCUAACCAGGUUUCAUCAUUUGAAGAAUUUACUCGUGGCAAUUGAAAAACAACAAGAAAAGAAAGGCCUCCUUUUUGCCGCUGCUGCCCCCAUGGUAGCAGUUCAAGGUGCUCCCCAGCUUGCAGGUCUUCCUGGGGCAAAUUUUGCCGGUGACGGUACUGUCAUUCUUGAUGACGAGGUAAAUGAGUCAAAUGUGGUGAUGGAAGACCUUGGGAAUGGCAAUUACAAGCUGUAUCUGCGAACUCCUCAACGUCAGACUGCUUAACAAUGCUGGGAAAAUAAUAAUAAUAAUAAUAUAUAUUACUGAAUAAAGUUUGUGCCACCAGUUUGCACAAGCACUAAUAAUAUGUAUUGAGAAUAAGUUCCUCCGCACAUGGAGGACUCAGCUUGGGGUUACUCUACGUCGUGUCGUUGGUUUGCACCAGCACUAAUAAUAUGUAUUGAGAAUAAGUUCCUGAUUGCCAAUGGCUGUAUGCAUGUGUCCCAUUAUAUACCAAUAAAAAUGUCUAAUAUUAAAAGUUA